ACGUAGUGGUACGUUAAUGAAGCGAGGAAUAUUUCGUGUGUGGAAAUGGCGACCAAGAUGGAGUGUAGUAUAUGUUUGUGUGAUUUUACAAAUCCAAAAAUAAUUGACUGUUUUCAUACAUUUUGUAAAACCUGUCUGGAUGAUUACAUUUCAAACAAAUCUGAGAACGGCCAUUUUCCUUGUCCUAUUUGUCGUAAAGUUAUCAGGAUUCCUGAACAAUUUACUACUAAUUUUUAUCUCUCGCAUCAAACAGAGGUGAGUGAAUCUACAGACGCCAUAUGUGGAAACGUGUCCACCGUUAAAGAUAAUGAAAGUGAAAGUAGGAUGUGUAGUAAUCACAUGAAAGAAAUAGAUCUAUAUUGUAAACGGUGUAGUGUAUCCAUAUGUUAUAAAUGUUUUAUAGCUGAUCACAAUGGUCACUCGGUCAGUGAUUUAAACGAUUUUAAACUCGAGAUAAAGAUGGAGAUCCAAUCACUGAGAGGGGAGCUAGAGAACACCUUACUGAAAUACGAACAAUUUUCAGAAUCCAUCCAGCAUCAGAAGAAAGAGAUCGAGACACAAACUUCACAGAUAUGUACCAGGAUUGAUAAAAGAGUGGAUAAACUUAGUGCAGCUCUUCGCAAUAUCGGGAAUACAAUGAAAGACGAGGUUAGGCAAAAUCAUCGCCAGGAAGAAACUAAGAUGACGAGCAUAGACACAGAAACAAAGAACCUUUUAAAAGAAAUAUCAGAUGAUGUAGACCAUAUCGGGUUAUCACAAUUAUUGGUUUUAAAAACGAAACUUCUACAGGAGAUUGAAAAUGGUAAACAUGAGCUCAUCCUUCCAGAACCCAACAUACUUUUGUUUCAAGAAGGUGAAAUGAACAAAAUACAACUAACUAACCAACUUGGUCAAAUAAAGACAGGAAUGAAGAAAAAUCACACAAAGAUAGCAAGCAAACAUAACUUGUCAAAUUCGGGGGCUGCAAACGGAGACAACUUGUCAAACUCAGAAGUGGCCAUACAAAAGGCAUGCAUUUUCCUUUUUAAUUUAGAUCACGGAAAGCAAAUACAGUAUAUCGGAAACUCGGAUGUUAAAUAUGGUGGAUUAUCUUGGUGGUCGUCUGCAUUUUUUCGUAACAACAAACUGUUUUUACAGUUCGAGUUAAAAGUUCUCGAUUCCUUUAAUGGAUCAUUGCCAUCUAAAAUAUUAAUUAAACUGGAACUGUUAAACAAUCGAAAUCAAAAGUUAAACAAAAUAAAACAGUCGAUGAUUCAGCGAAGCAAAACAUAUAAUUGGGAGGAUGUAAUUAGCAUGAACGAACUGGGGAACCCUUCUCUUGGAUAUGUAGAUGGCCAAGGUGUUUUCACAUUUCAAUUAGUUGUAUUAAAUGUAAUGCCAUAGUAGACUGUUUGAUUCAUGGAGUCAUCUCCCGACACUCGCCAUUGCCAGUGAAAAUUAUUUUAUUUUAAAAUUAGCUUGAAUAAUUUACUUGUCAAAUAUGGCUAACUUGCUGUAAUAAUUUUGUUGUUAAAUUAAUCUCACAACUAUGGAAAUUAAAUGAAUUUAUAUAGGCCCCAAUACAUUUGUUAUAACAUGUUGUCGUCAUCCCUGUCCGUCAGUCCACAUUUCGUAUAACCGAUGUGCUUUAAUUUAGCUGUAUUGACUGGACUGGUAAUGCUCAUAACCACUUGAACGCAUAUGCUUUUAACAAGCCAAUGUAACAUUCCACUUGGAGAAUUACAUUUGGUUCAAGUUAUAAUAUUAUUGACACAUGCAAGUCUUAAAACUGUAGCACUAUCGUCGUUGCGACAUUGUUUUUAAAUUUAUAGACAAGGAAUAGAGAAAUAAGAUGGGUUAAACAACAUUAUUUAUCUUUACAAAUUAUUCUCUAUUGUCAGUAUAUUAAGGUAUGAGUUUAUUUAAAACGCAAAUUAACUGUUUAUGAAAUAGCGUGAGAAUAACAGGAAAGAGGGUCUGAUUUCAAGGAUAGAUUGUGUCGAGAAACAUGUGACGGAAAAUUACGAUUGCAUCAUUUAGCUUGUUUGACCAAUCUCUAUACUUAUUUACAAGAUAUUUGACCAAUUAGAUAAUUGAACGUCCAAAACCCACAGCUACAAAACUAUAAUACUUGUGAGAAUUCGUUAGACUUCUAUUAGGUUCCAGAGAGCUUACAUCUGAGUUCCUAGACAGCCGCGAGGCUGGCUAGGGUAGAGAAAUGGUUUUAACUAGUAUUGUUAUCUAUUAUGCUUGUAUACCUGUAUUCAGCUAUAUAUAUAUAUAAAAUGUAGAAGCAAACUGUUGCAUUGUUAUUCCUGGUAAGACAAACGUCUUAAGAAACUGUAAGAAGUAAAUACACAACGUGAAGCAGAAGUAAAGACAGCUAGAGACAAAUUCUAGACGAUCACAAGGCUACAGAAAUAUGUAGUAAGAAAAGAUGCAUGGGUCGUAUGUAGGAUGUGGCGACCGGUUUCCCAUAGACGCUCUCCACGUCAGACAGAAGGCUCAUGGUGCUACAAAACUGGGUUGGCGUAUUCAUUAAUCCAGUCAGAGCAGAACAGU